CAGAUGGGCAGAUGAUAUUUUAUAACAGUUCAACUUUUGGCCUCACUCAAAGUAGUUUUAAUAACAUUCAUUCAAAUAUGUCUUAAAAUCGUUUAUUUAUAAAAGUGCAUAUAUUUCAUUUUAUUUUACGUGUCGGUUGAAUUAAUCUGGUUGUUUGGUUGAUUAUUAACUACAAAAUGACUGACAAAAUGGAAAAAGAAAUGAGAGUUUUAAUAGCGAUGGACGGUAGUAAAUAUUGUGAUUAUGCCUUCGAUUGGUAUUUGGAAAAUUUGAAUAAACCAAACACCUUUGUAAUAUUGAUGCAUUGUGCGGACUUGAACAACCCAGUUGUCAGGCCUGGAGACAUCGGGUCCCCUGGUUUGUUGAAAUUUAUAGAAGAAGAACGGGCAACAUGUGACAAGUAUGUCCAUGAACUAACAGAACGCAUGAAAGCAACUAAUCUCCAUGGCAAGGUAAAAAGAACCCACGGGCCGCCAAGAUCAGAAAUACUUCGCGUGGCUGAGGAAGAGAAAGUCGAUAUGAUAAUCACAGGAUCGCGUGGUAAGGGAGCUGUUAGACGCACAUUGCUUGGCAGCGUUAGUGAUCACGUGCUCCAUCAUGCUCACGUGCCUGUUAUUAUUUGCAAACAUAAAGACGAUACUCAUCAUCAUACCACGCAUGAGUCAAAGAAAUAAUCUAAAAUGUGUUGGACCAGUAUUUUUAAACGUCAGAAUGGAAUUUGAACAGACGUUUCUGUCCUCAUGAUAAAUAUUCGGAUACAUCUUAAACCUGUUUUAAUCAGCUAAGUUUCGUAAACUUUGAAAAAUUCUUGAUUUUAUGAUAUGUUUAUAUUAGCAAUCAGUUAUGUUUUAUUUGGCGUUAGUUUUGUAUUGUUAUAGAAUGUACACUUUUGCAGCAAAAUGCAUCUGUCAAUAAGGUCAAAUCCAAUCCAUAAAUGUGUUAUUGUUAAUUGUUCAUGAAAAUGUUGUAUCCAGUAUGUGAUGUUAAUCUUGUAUAUUUUGAUAUUUUGUUCUGUUGCUUGUAAAACUUGGUACGUUUACUAGAAGUUUCGAUGACUGAAUUGUGCAUAUACGUGAAGAAAUAUAUUUACUAGUUUUGCACUAAAUCCGCGAAAUUUGACCUAAGUUACAAGCUAUAUUGAAGAAGAGCCAUACCGGCCAUAGCAACCAUCCCCUAAAACGAAUUUUCUGUGUAAAAGUGUCAGGGAAAAGUAGAGCGAAUGUAUUACAUAUACUUAGAUCUUCAUCAUACGACAUUCUGAACCUGCCAAUUCCUUUGUUUUUAUGACAAAAAGAAGUAAACAUUUUUACAAACCUUAAUUGGUCCAAAUGACACAUCUAGCGAGAGUUGUCCCAAAUUAUCUACAAAUGACUAACCUUAAAUAAACGUAUAUUUUUGUAGCAUGUGACCAGAAGAAAAAUGGCGGUAACGUAAGUUUUUCAUAACCAUUUUACUUUUUUCGCGAAUUUAAGCUUAAUCUAAAUGGUCGGCUAGGAAAAGCGAUCCAAGCAUUCAUUUAUUUAACACAACUAUUACUCCGCGGGAAUCAUUAGUUUUUAAGAAGAAAUACCAGACCUAAUUACUGCAAAGGGCCUAAUUGUAUUAUGUUUCUGAUUUUUUUUCAUCUAUACAGUAAUUAUGUUAUCAAAUAGGAGGGAAUGCGGUCGAGGAUGCUUGUGAAAAGCUUACGUAUCUGAUAAUAAUUGUAUGAAAUGAUGAAACAUACACAUGUGAGAGAGCACACAACUAUAAACUUAUAAUGCCGACGACCGAUUGUGAAUGCUGGUGAAAAUUUUAGACCGCUGCUGUAUAGCAUAUUAUUUAUUUUUGUUUGGUUUAAACGUCAACAUAAUUAGUUUAUACAUAUUUAUUUUAGGUCGAUUGUGAAGGAAGUUCUACAGCUUAUAUUAAUCACUCUCGAUACCUCAUUUGUGAUGGAAUCCGUCGCCACGAGGGUAUGAGAGAAGAGGCCAGUUUCCCUUUUUAAUGCUGAUAGCCAUAUGGCGAUUUAUAUUAUCUCUCCUUAAAAAUACAUAACUGUGCUACUGCUUUCUUAAAAGACUAAAGUUACACAGUAGCAGUAGCACAACACGGUAUUUUGAAGGACAAAUAACGCUGCUAUAUUGUUUAAAACAACAAAAUACUAUAUUACAAGUACGUCGAUCACAGCAGGCAAAAAUGCGAAAACACUAUGAGAAGUUCUGCUGCACAUUGUAUGACCAUUUAAAAUAUUCGAUAUACACCAAAACCUGACACAAUGUACAAAAAGAAACCACAGCGUAUCGGCCUUGUUUUAAUCCAAUGAUGAUGAAUGGUGUUUGUGAUCAAAUAAGAAUAUGGUCAAUUUGCAGAAUCAGUACCGAAACUGAAAUUAUAUACAUUCCACAAGUAUAUUUAACAAUUAAGGGUCAAGAUAUAUCGGAAAUCAAUUUCAUUUAUCAAAACAAUUAAAGCCACGUGGCUUUUAAUUGCCUUUAACAUGUUUGCCUGUAAAUAUGAACUUGAAAAUAGCAACACAACUUUCCUUUUGCCAUGAGAAAAAUUGUCUUUAUAUUUCAUUCUGAAAUAAUGGUAGAUUUCGAAAAUGCCUUAAAUUUAUCU